AUGACUUGGUACCACGAACGCUGCGCUCCUCGCCCACAGCCCUGCCCCCCGAACAACAACAACGGCGGCAACAGUGCCGGCAGCAACAACAACAUUGGCAGUGGCAACACCACCGGUAACAACUCCGGCAACCAGAAUUUCGGCCAGAACACUGGCAAUCAGACCGCCAGCAACAACAGCGCUGGCGAUGGCUACCGCCAUGCUUGUUAG